CAGCUGUCACCGGAAGCCGUGUGAGCGUGCAGCUUGAUUCUGGUCCUUCCUCAGCAUCUCUCUCACCCGUCCGCCUCCCCCUCCCUGAGCUCGGCGCCAUGGACGACGUCCCCCCGAUCAUCAACAUCUCCAUCGCGCUGCGGAUCCAGCCCAACGACGGCCCGGUCUUCUUCAAGGUGGACGGGACCCGGUUCGGCCAGAGCCGGACCAUCAAGCUCCUCACGGGCUCCAAGUACAAGAUCGAGGUGGUGCUGAAGCCUGGAAACGUCGAGGCCACGAACAUGAACAUCGGAGGCGUCGUCUUCCCACUGGAGCAGCAGUCCAGGGAUGACGAGUCUGUGGUUUACCACGGCCAGUACGACACCGAGGGCGUCCCGCACACCAAGAGUGGCGACCGGCAGCCCGUCCAAGUCAGCAUAGAGUUUAUCAAGGCGGGGACGUUUGAGACGGUGUGGCAGGCCAAAUACUACAACUACUACAAGAGGGAGCACUGCCAGUUCGGCAACAAGUUCAGCAGCAUCGAGUACGAGUGCAAGCCCAACGAGACGCGGACCCUGAUGUGGAUCAACAAGGAGGCGUUCAACUGACUCCGCCCACUGAACCCCGCGCAGAGGACGCCGGUCUUGCCGGGACCACCUUUGAACAUCAGCAUCGCAGUGAGAGACGGCACCUCCUGAAGGCGGGCGUUGGGUUGGCGGGGUCUGCUCUUUGUGCUCUUUCAUGACCUCUGAGGGAGUAACGAGCUGUUUCGCACGCUGGUCUCUGUGAGGGCGGGGUUUCAGCAGUCAGAGGGCUAACUUAGCUUCUCAGCUGGUUUCCUGUGGAAAGUUAAAGGAACAGUCGGACAGUUUGAGAUCCGAGCUCAUUAGGAAGCUUCGGAGACGAAGGCUGACGCACGCUUCAGGUCUGUGUGUCCAGCUCGCGUUCGAAGCAGGAACUUUCUCCAGGCCUCAGACGCUUGUUAGUUUGGGUAGUUUGCAGCUACGGUCACAAUAAUCUUCUGAAGCUUUGGGUUCAGCAGACGGGCGCUGCUUUUAGAUCAGGCUUCGUCACAGGUGUUCUCGCUGAUACUCUACGCUUAGAUAAAACACCUUGACAGGAGCAAAGUUGUUAGCCGGUGCUACAUAAAUGACAUUCACUUCCUGUACUUGAUGCACAGACUUGAAAGUCGUCUCCAUCUCCUCAGACUCUGGAAGAAAUCUGACUGUUCCUUUAACACUGAAACCCCCUCAGACUGAAGACCAGCGUGGGAAACACCUGAAGUGUUUUAUCUUAUUUAUUACCUGUGUGAACGUCUGAGUGAGCAGAGGCGGCGGAUGAGAGGAUGGGCGUCACUUUUCUCGUGUUUUGUGUUAUUUAAAGGAGAAAUCUGUACACUGCAGUUUUUGGUUCGCUUACUUUCCAGCUGCAGAAAUGAGUUUCACUGGUCUGAGUGUUGAUCCUUCACAAUAAAAGCUGGAGGGAUACUUUGUGGGACUUCCAUGUUCAAACUGGUGCAGCAUCCGAGGGACUAUUUUCAGCAGCGGAGUAAUCCUUUGAGCCUUGAAACGCCUCUGUCUCCCUGCUGAAAGGAGGCGACCUCCUCUCUUCACGUCACUUCUCGUGUUUGCUGCUGAUUAUGUUUCUCAUGUCUCUUAAAUGCAUGGCUGGAAACUUUUUGCCAAAUAUGAUCUGUUUGUUUGUUCCUUUGUUAAGAUGUCUCGAUGCCUGAAACUUUUGUUAUGUCUUGAACUGAGGAGUAAAAAUUGUUACUGUGAAUAAACUGCUAUACAGAA